AUGGACUCGGACACGCUUGACGUACUGAAAGAAUCUCUCGCACAGAAGAUUCAAGCAUUCGAUUCUCUCCUUGGAAAUCAAGCAGGUAUGCAAAAUCUCUAAACUUUCUUUGAUAACAAUGUUAAAGAGAGUACUCCUAUUUGAUUAAUUUAAAAAUUUUCCUAAAGCUAUCAAAAUAUUUUGUGUUUAGUGCGCGGGCAUCUCGAUACAUCCUUCCGCUCGCCGAACGUGGAUGCAGUAUGUUUCUUUUUCUAUUAUUCCGCUAACAAUAACAUAUAAUAAUUGAUCAAUCAAUGUGAAAGUGUAUAUAUAAUCAUCUAAGGAUAGAAUAUUGUAUUUAGCGCUCCUCAAUUAAAUCCCUCCUGCUUCGACUGCACCGACAGGUCCAUGCCGCCUGCGUUCUCGCUGAUGUUUGUCAUUUGGGUACGUUUGCCUUUUGGUUUUUAAAACAUUUUAAGAAUACAUAUCCAACUAUUUCGAUUACAGCCAUGUAUUUAUUUAUUUUUUUGUUUUAUAGGGCCGGCACCCAGCGCUGAGGAGCAGAAUGUGCUGGCAGAGGUGAAGAAUGGGCUCUACCUUUUGGACGAAGCUAUCACACCGCUAUCCUCACUUGAGGGAUCUUCCACAGUAUAG